ACAGCAGUGUCUCCGCAGCUGUUCGCAACUGUCAAAGAUGUCAAAAGACGCGCACUCCCGUGUCACAGAAAUACAGUCCACGGUUUUGGAAUAAAUAAACGUCAAUCAACGUCGCAACGAGAGUGAUAAGCAGUAGGCGGAGAUACGUAGAACUCGAUGCACCGAUAUCGCAGACUCCGUCCCUAAAUGAGCAUCGGGUUAUGCUGUGUGAGUCCGGAGAGAUCGCGCGAUCUUACGCGGAGGGAUAACCUCUCGGUCCCUGAUUGUCGCGCGAAAUCGCUUUGCCACGUAUAAACGAACCGAGACCCCGCAUCGGAACAAUAAUGGCGUGUCUGCUGUCGAACCAGGAAAACGUACGUUUGAAAAUACCGUCGGUUGACACGGUGGACGGAGUCACGUAUUACUCCAUCGAGAUCGGGAUCGCGUCGAUCAAAUGGACUGUGAGACACAGAUACAAUGAAUUUGCGGAAUUGCACGAGAAGCUCGUUUCAGAGCAUUGCGUCGAAAAGGAUAUUUUACCGCCGAAGAAACUCAUCGGUAACAAAUGCGAAGCAUUUGUGGAGAAGCGCAGGCAGAGUCUCGAGAUAUAUCUCAAUUGUGUUUAUAAUUAUUUGAAGAAGGCAAUGCCAAGAGAAUUGGCUGUAUUCUUAGACUUACACGUAUAUGAUAUAUACUUUUUAUUACAAAGUAUGGCCUUGGAGUUCUUUACGAGUGGCGAUGCUCUGCUACAGACUUCAAGCUAUAAAUUCAAUCCUGUACAGCUGUAUGCAAUUAGCGAGAGAUUAAAACAACCGUGUCCAUCUAUGGAAGUUGUGGAUAAAAAAUAUGACUUUAGUCACGUUUUGGACUUUAAUUCCCACUUGACUAGUCUCACAAUUGAGGGAAGUUUGGAGCCUUAUAAAACUAGUAAUAUUUAUUCAUCUGCAUUGUCGAUAGAAUUAUCCACCUUCAAAAAUGUGCAAUAUCUGACGAUUGAUCGAUAUCCUGUGGAUAAUAUCUAUAAUAUGGGAAAUCUUCGAGAUACCGUGACUACACUAAAAGUUACUAAUACCAAGCUAAGAAACAUUGUGGAAUUGGCCAUGUGCGAAGAGGUUCAUAAAAAUAUCAUAAAUGCUAAUGAUUCUCAUGUGUGGUUAAAAGUGACACAUUUGGAUCUCAGUGAUAAUCGCAUAGAAGUCAUAGAUGAAGCGAUUAAAUUGUUGCCGCAUAUAGAAUGUCUGACUUUAAACAACAAUCACUUGUCCGAGAUUUCCAACGUUACGUUAUUGCCGAGAUUGUCUCAAGUGUACCUAGCAUCGAAUAACUUUACCAAUCUGCCGGAUGAUCUUCACACAAGACUCGGCUAUAUCGUGUACAUCGACUUGUCGCAGAACAAAUUAACAUCACUCGCUAGCUUCUCAAAGUUGUACUCAUUGGAGGGAUUGGACGUAAGCUGCAAUCGCAUCGAGAAGAUCGAGGAGGUAAAACACAUCGGCCAUCUACCUUGUCUGGAGCAUCUAAGAUUGACAGGUAAUCCAGUAUCGACGAUAGUGGAUUAUAGAGUCAAAGUUUUGGAACCGUUUGGUAAGAGAGCUGCCGAUAUCUGUCUUGAUAACGAGAAACCGAAUCAAAAGGAACUCGACACCGUGUCGGUUCAUCAAGCGUUGCGCAUCGCGAGAGAAGGUAAAUCGCCAACGUUUACCGCAUCGGACGCGCCACUAUUUUCCGCCGAAGUCCCGAGUAUAUAAAAAUUUUAACCGUGCUUUUCUUUUAUCACAUGAUAAACAUGUUACGUGAAUGCUAGUUAGAUACAAACCUAACAAAAAUAUGUUUUAUAUUGCAACAUGUAAUUUUAUCAAUAUAUGAGACUGACCCCUUUCUAUCGCAGCAAAGUCGCGUAAUAUAUAUAGUUUUUCCAGUCUCAAUUUAUUGUACGUUAUUUACUAAACUUUUGUUGGUACGUUUUUUAUCGAUAAGUAGAUAACGUAAGAAUAACAUGUUUUUUAUCACUUUUACCAUAAUUCGAAAAAAGCCAAAAUGAUAAAAGAUAAUACGUUUUUUCGUAUUAUAAUCUUGUAUAUAAAUCUAAGAGAUAAAAUACGUUUUUAUCAAGCAGAAACAAAAAACUAUAGAUCCAUGA